AAAAUUAUUAUUUAAUACAAGAUUUUAAAAAUAUUUUCCCAAAACGGAGUAACAAUUAUUUAGAAUUAACUUCCUGUAUUUUUUUUUAAUUAAUCUCGUCCGAGGUCAUUGAGCCCUCGAUUAAUUCGGUUACACUCUCAACUGAUAAAUAAUUUAUUAUUUAUUUUUUACUUGUGACAUUUUAGUCAAUUAUCUCACGAUGGAACUCAUUCGUGAUCCGUGUCACAUUUUUAUAACUCGUCUUUUCCGCGAUAUAUAUAAAAUUGUUAUUACAUAAUUUCUAUGCGAUCAUGUCUAGGAGUAUUUUUCUAUUUAUAUUUAUUGCAAUAAUUCGUUACACUUGUGGUGUCAGGAUUAACUUUACGAAUUGUCAUCAUCCCGAAUGGUCUUGUGUCAAUAAUGUUCCGAAUGAGAUCAUUUACACAUGUGCGGUGCUUAGAAAUGAUGAUUUCAUUAUUCAUCUAAAGGAUUUUUACACGGAUCAUAUACACUCGGUCACAAUUCAGAAUUGUAAAGACCUACGUGUAGUUUUAGACUGUCCAAUAUUGCAAAGACCGUCGCGGUUACAAAAGUUCGUAGUUAAAGAUUGUGGUAGAUUGGAAUUCGUUUCACUAUCUGCUAGCUCCUUGUUACAAACACCGCCUGAGGUGAAGAUGGAAAACAUAAGAGAAAUCGUAUCGUUUCCAAGAAACAUGUUCAAAUCACCAAUCACAAAUACUGAAUUGAAAUGUAUGGGAGCUUCAUAUUACAGAAAGAUUCAUAUUGUAAAUAGUAUUAUAAAUUCCAUUCACACUAAAGCAAUUUACAAUGUGAGUGGCAUUAAAAGUGUUGAAUUCGAAAAUGUUACCAUAACAGAAAUACAGAGUGAAGGUAUUGAAGUUAUUACGGGCAACGAUAAUACAAUUUUUGGUCUUAUUAACAGCAGAAUUGAAAAAUUUGAAUUUAAAGGCAUAACAAUACGAAGUUCCACGGCAAGGAUAUUACACAGCGCCUUUAGGGAUAUCACAGAAAACGCAAUCAAUGUAACAACAGAUAACCUGUACAUUAUAGGGAAUACUAUUAAAAGUGUCAGCGCCUAUGGAUUGAAUACGAAAUCUAUAAACACCGAUGUUACGGACAAUAACAUCGAAUUCCUCAAAAGGAAUGCAUUAGCAAAAGUGAAAUGCCUUAGGAAAGUAACGAACAAGAAACGUAUGCAUUUCAUCCGCAACGAAAUAAAAAAUGUAGAGCCGUAUUCGCUUUAUUUUGACUUCGCGAGUUGUAAAUCAGCGGGUUCGCAAAUUGCUUUCAGGGAGAACAAAAUUGACUGCAAAUGUCCAAAUAUCGCAUUCCUUAACUCCCAAUCGAGUAAUGAACAAAACAGUCUAAUUUUAAAUUUGACCAAUAACAACACGUGCUUGGUCACAUCCUGCGUGCUGCCCGUCGAAAUCGUUAAGUUAUUAGAAAGCGACAUGUGCCAUUUAAACCUUGACCCCCAAGUUAUGUGUUUUCUCUACAACGAUAAGCAUUCCACGAUUAAAAAUAACGAAGUGACUACAGACGAUGACGUCACGGAACCAGCGCCUACAUUUUACUUGAUAAGACAAGCUAAGUCCCUCCACGGAGACGCGGGGGCCGCUAUGACUGCAAUCGAUAAGGACGAUCUUCUAAAAGACAGUCAUUUAAAUAUGACCAACAGAACUAUUAUUAAAGUCGUAUUCGAUUCUUCGAAAGACUUCGUUGAAACACUACGUAGUACAAGUCGGACUCGAAACAGACCUAUAGAAAAUAAAUCUCCAUCUAAAGAUGAAUACGUAAGUCAUUGUAUUGGCACGCAAUGCCGGAACACCGCUGCAUACAAUCGACAACGAGCCUUGGAUUUUUACAAAUACGUAUACGCGCAGCUGCGCACGCCGAGACAGAGCGUUAACAAGAAAACUAAAACCUAAUGAAUGUUAUCAUUGUUCAAUAAUAAAUAAAUUCUGAAAAUAUUUUGUUGACUUUUUGCCCCGAAUAUAGUAUCUUUUUAACCACAUUGUUUACUGCAAUAAAAUAUUAAUCUGAACGGAUUCACGUUAAUGAGACGUCACACUUGUUAUUGUCAACAUGAGACUCGUUUCUUUAAUAACAUUUAUUUGGCUAUGCCUUACUAAAUCAUAGUGUACUAAGAGAUAAAUUUGGAGUCUCUUUUAAAUAAAAAGCUGUAAGCUGUAAGGCUGUUUUUGGAAGCGCUUGAAAGACUUUCUCGUCGACAUACUUUCUCGCUCUUCGAAUACAUUAAUAUACAUUUCAUCCAAACGUAAAGUAAAUGCGUUGGAACGAUCGUGAUAGUUCCAUAUCAAUAUUAAUUGGAAGUGUCUGCUUUGCGAUUGAA